AUGGAGAUCCUCAACAAAGCUGACCUGUGCUUUCCCCAGCUCCUCAACGGCUCCUGCAAGAAGCCCAAGCUCCGCUUGUCCGAAGCUCUGCCCCAGUUCUUCGUCCUCUGCUUCAUCUCCCUGCUCACCAUGACUCUGAACCUGCUCGUCAUCAUCUCCAUCUCCCACUUCAGGCAGAGACACACGCCUCAGCAGAAUCCACAGCAGCUCCACACUCCCACUAACGUCCUCCUCCUCUCUCUGGCUGUGUCCGACUUUCUCGUCGGCCUCUUGGUGAUGCCGGGGGAAAUCUUCCGAAAGAGUAGCUGCUGGGGGAACGCGAUGUGUGUCUUUUACGCUUUCCUGAUCGCCCACAUCGUGUCUGCGUCGGUCGGGAACAUCGUCCUCAUAUCGUUAGAUCGCUACGUGGCUAUCUGCCACCCUUUCCACUACCCCACCAAAAUCACCAUGCCUAGAGUCAAAUCCUGUGUCUACCUCUGUUGGCUCUGUGCUGCUUUUUACAGGAUAAUCUAUUUUAAGGACGAGCUUCUCCACCCAGAUACGUCCGACUCGUGCACCGGAGUGUGCACGUUUGUCGUCGACCGUCUGGAGGGGUCCGUGGAUCUGGUUUUGAACUUUAUAGCUUCGGUGACCGUCAUCGUAGUUCUGUACGUGAGAGUGUUCGUGGUGGCUGCGUCUCACGCCCGGGCCAUUCGCUCUCAUCUGACCGAGGCCAGCGGUCAGCCGCCGGCUCACAGGACGAGGAGAUCCGAGCUGAAGGCGGCCAGGACUCUCGGCGUCCUCGUCUUCGUUUAUCUGAUAUGCUUCAGCCCCUACUACUGUUACUCGCGCGUCCACACCGACGUGACCACCACUUCGUACGCGUCGUUUUUGUUCUUUCUGUUUUACUUCAACUCCUGCCUGAACCCCAUCAUGUACGCCUUCUUUUACCCCUGGUUCAGAAAAGCUGUGAAGCUCAUUGUGACUCUGCAGAUCGCGCAGCCUGGCUCCUGUGAGACCAACAUACUAUAG